UCGAUCACCUCAUCAUCGCGCAUGGCAACGAUGGCGAAACUCGGCUGGUGCUGCUUCUUCCUGGCGGUGGGCGUCGUCGCGGGUCAGCCUCCCCCGUCUCCCUCCGCCUGGACCCCGCCUCCCCAGUCCGAGGUCCCCUCCUACGCGAACGGCCAGCCCUACCGCGCCAGCUACGGCAAGCCCAACCGCAUCUUCACCUGCGACGACGACUUCGGCAAGCGCUGCGUCGCGCAGUGCCCGGACCUCUGCCCCAAGUCCUGUUUCAUGUCCUGCAGCUACUGCGAGACCACCUGCAGGUGUGUAUACUUCCCUGGGACAUCGUGCGGCGACCCUAGUUUCACCGGCGGUGACGGAAACACAUUCUACUUCCACGGCAGGAAGGACCGGGACUUCUGCAUAGUCUCCGAUGCCGACCUCCACGUCAAUGCCCACUUCAUCGGUAACCACAACCCCGUCAAUAAACGUAACUUCACGUGGAUUCAGGCACUUGGCGUCAGCUUCGGCAACCACCGCCUCUACGUCGGUGCUCGUGGGGCUGUCUUGUGGGAGGAGGAGGAGGACCACAUCGAGAUCAACUUCGACGGCGAGCCUAUCACCAUUGACACCGCCAACAAUGCCAAAUGGGUGGCCAAGGACUUGCCCCGUUUAUCUGUGAAGCGCACCGACGCCGUCAACUCCGUCGAUGUGGAGCUCGCGGGCGUGUUCAGAAUCUCGGCCAGUGCAGUGCCGAUAACCGAUGAGGACUCUCGGAUCCACAAGUACGGCAAGACCGAAAAGGAUAGCCUCGUGCACCUAGACCUCCGUUUCAAGUUCUUUACCCUCACCGAUGUUGUGGAUGGCGUGCUCGGACAGACCUAUCGGCCUGACUAUAUCAAUAGGAUGAAUGUCACUGCCAAUAUGCCCAUCAUGGGGGGCGCACCAAAGUAUCUCUCAUCGGGGCUCUUCUCGACGGAUUGUACGGUCUCCAAGUUCCACCGCAAUGGUGCCACUGGUCGUGGCGUUGCCCUGUCAUCGUAAGUCACACUCUCCUGUGUGAGUACCAUGGAAUAAGUCAUUCUAGCUAGCUAGUGCAAACAUCUGUGCUAGCUAAGAGAAAAUAAGAUUGACGAACCACUUGUAUUA